AUGCCACAGAAAAGGGAAACCAACACAUUCCAUGUCACGCUCUGUGUCACUCCUGCUGGGACUCAUACAUCCAUGUCUUGCCUUGGCCACUUCAACUCAUGCGUGACCCUUUCUUUGACUUAUGAUUUAUUGCUCAUGCGUAAGCUGAUCUCCUGGUGUUUGCUUCUCGUGGGAUGUUUACAUCCUCUCCUUGCUCUGCCCGUCCCUGACUCCAGGGAAGAGACCCUGCGGCUCUCAGCACCUGAUGGAGACACGAGCUCAGCCUUGGAUGAACUGGAGAGAGUGUCCCUCCUGCAAAUGCUGCUGGAGAUGUCAGGGGCAGAGAGGGGUGAUGGUCUCAGGAAGGCAGGUUUUCCAGGUCUCGGUACCAACAUUGCUAACACCAGAGGAAGUACGAAAAAGUUUCAAGCCUUCUCUGGACCAGAUCCUAACAUUUUCCUGAGUCAUCUUUUGGCCAGAUACAGGAAACAAGAUGAGAAACGUGGGUCUCCUUCUGAAUGCUUCUGGAAAUACUGUGUCUGAAGUGAAAUGAACAUCUACUAGUCAACCCAAAAACAACCAUCUU